GUAAACAAACGUGUUGCGACAACAAACACGCGGCUUUUGUAAUUGUGUCGGUUUUGUUGGACCAGCGAGUGAAAGAAUUGCAUUGCAAGUGCUCAGAACACCAAAUCAUGGAUCCCGGUUUCUGUCCCGAUUGUGGUUCAGUGUUACCACCUCUAAAAUCGUUGAAAAAAGUGUGUUGCUAUAACUGCAACGGUGAAUUCGACGCUUCAGCGUUUGGAACGAUGGAGUCAGAGUAUACGAUUCAUUUCAAUUCGUAUGAAAAUAAAAAAUUAGAUCAAGCAGAGCGUGGCGAAGAGGGAGCAGCGGACGGACCGGUUGUGAAUCGACAAUGUCCGAAGUGUGGCAACGAUCAGAUGUCGUACGCCACCAUACAAUUGCGUUCGGUGGAUGAAGGUCAAACCGUAUUUUUCACAUGUACCAAGUGCAAGUUCAAAAUGUCGGAAAAUUCAUAGGUUGUAGUUAUGCUGUUCGUUUCAACAAGGAUAAUAAUGUGUACAUAUA